CAAGAGGGCCCGACACACACCGCUGCAAGCGCGGUGGCGGAUACAAUUUGAAUGUCCUAGGCAGGGUCUCGUUCCACAGUGGUUAUUCCUUCUAUAUGUUGCCAUUGUGGCUAAGCUGUUUUCGGCCGGGUCAGGACAGGUGCCGCCCUCUGACAUGGUUCGUGCUGGUCCUUGCCUCGCGCUCCGUGCUGAGUGCCGCGAGCUGACAUGAAGGACAAUUUGCGCCGCCAGCAGGAGCAGUACUUGAAGGUCCAUGGCAUCCCCAUGAGUGACGAGGUUCUGACAAAAACGAUGGAUAUCCUCCUGUUCUUCCAAGGCCUGUACUUUGAGGAGGCCGACGCCGGUACUUAUCCAGACCGCCAGUUCUGGGAGGGCAUUUCCGCGGGCCUGCACGUCAGCGACGAUCUUACCGACCAGCUUACCAAGCUCCAGGGGAAGUUCUCACCAGAGCCCAUCAACGCCGCGCAGGUGGUGCAAUUGCGAGAGCGCGGAUUUGCGGUGCUGGAUUCUGCCCAUUUGUUGCAGGGUGGAAGAGGAACAGCCUCAGAGGCUGAAUCCGCUGCGGUCCUCGCCGCUCUUGUGCAGACAAUCCACAACCUUCGUGCGCAUGGAUGGCCGCCGUGCUUCAUUUUCGUCUACGACGAGCUGUGGUUGCACGUGGUAUACCCGCUGUUUGACAUCUUCGAGGAACUCCUGGGCGAAGGCUGCUUCAUGGAACCCGACCUGAACUGCUGGUCCCUGCGUGCCCCCGAGGGAGGCAAUGCUUCGGGAUACGUCGGAGCCAACUUUGGCGCCAGCCAUCGUGACAUGACCUACAGCGCCUGCCACAACGACAAGGGGGAUUCAGAUAGCCUGAACGCAUGGGUAAGUAUCAAUUCAACAGGUGCGACCUCGAGUAACGGCUGCAUGCACGUCAUUCCGAUCGAGCACGACGACUACUUCUACAGCCCUAGACAUCCCUAUCACAUGGAUAACGAGAAGGGCCUCAGCUUCUUGGAGGAUCUGCCGUCGCAACAGGUCGUGAUGCAGGCACCCUCCGGAGCCGUGUGCACCUGGACGCCCUCCCUAAUCCAUUGGGGCGGCGAGUGCAAAGUCGGCGAGCUGGACCCGAGGAUUUCCGUGGCGGCCACCUUCCGCAACAAGGCAGCCGUACGGUCGGCGUUUGGUUCAGGCCCGGUCGUCGGCUCGAGCACGGGCCCACCGCCAAUUGCUAGGCACGGCGUGAGGACGGUUGGGUUGUCGAGGAGGCUCAGCUACGCCGCCAAGGCCCUGCUCUCCUAUUCGCAUUGGUACCCUGGCUUCCCGGGCGUGUCCCUGGAGCUGUGCCAGAGAGCACUGCCCACCGAGGACGAGCACGCGCAAGAGAUUCGGCCGUUUCGGGUCGAUGGGCUCAUACCAGAUGUGCUCGUUGCGCAACGCAGCGCGGCGGUGUCCACGGGCUGCACUGGCCUGCGGGUGUGGUCCAGCGCCCUGCUGCUAGGAGCUGAGCUCGCGAAGGCGCCGGGAGCCCUAAAGGGAUGCAGCGUCGUGGAGCUCGGCUGCGGCUGUGGCCUGGCAGGUGUCGUGGCAGCAGCCUGCGGUGCUUCUGUCGUGCUAACAGACCGAGACGCAGGCUGCAUGCGGCUGGUGGCCAUCACUGCCGCAGCGAAUGCAGCAGCCAUCUGCGAUGCAGGUGGCAGCAUUGCGUUCACGUCGCUCGACUGGGAGCAUCCUACGCGCGCCACGACUUGUUCGCUACUCCGCUUCGGCGCCACGGACGUAGUUAUCUCCUCCGACCCUUUGUACACGACCACUGGUGCCAUCACUUUGCCGCGGGCAGCAAAAGCAUUGCUCGCACCACAUGGCAAACUCAUAUGUCUUAUUGGUGUACGGGAGUCAACUGGCGGCCAGGCAACCCUGUCACGAUUUCUUGCUGAGUCAUAUGCUGCCGGACUUGAACUCAUUGGCGAUCUGCAAGCCGUCGCCAGCAGCACGAUCUCUUCGGAAGUGGCUAAGACCUACUGGACGGACGCCCAACUCGCUGCAGAGAAGGGCUAUUUCUACCUCGAAAUGCGCAGGCGGGCUUCCGACUAACGUUUUUCCUAGUGACCGUCCAACCAAGCUGUAAUCUUGCAAACCUCUUGACCAACUUAACUGCGUACGUUUGUUUGUGAAGGGGCCAGCGGGUAGGAUCUGGAAAUGCAAUUUGGAGCGGCACGAACAGGUGCAGCUUUGGUCAGAUCUUGAGCUGCACAUGCGAUCGUGUCUUGAGCUCGGCGUUCGCGCGAAUCAAUCGCGGCGAGCGCUGGGCCACAGCGAAGAGAAGAAGCCGCACAAACAGGCGGAACUUCUGGAGUAUUCUAUUUGCAACGUGCGGCUUUGCGCUCUCCUUUGCCCAACUGGCUGUGAGACACAGAGCUGUCGCUGAUAGUUCUAAUGUGCGUAACGCGUGAGGCUCCGUCAUCUCUUCUGCCCAACUGGCUGUGUGACGGAGUUGUCGCUGAGACACCGCGGUUUUCAGGCAGCACUCUGUUACGCCACGCGGUUAUAGGCAGCCCAAGAAGCAACACAUAUGUAUAGUUGAUUUCUCGCAA